UAAGAAAUUGAAGAUGGCGGAAAAACUGAAGGUGAUGUCUUCAUAUCUUGUUUGCGGCAGUGCUUCAAAUUCAUUAUCAAGAUUAGAGCUUAAUCCAUGGGAUAUACGAGCAUUCCAAACCGUUCCUAUUCAAAGAGGCCUCAUAUUUUACAACCCUACCUCUGAUUCACAAUCCCUAAUCCAACAUCUCAAAGACUCACUCUCCCGCACCCUAGACUUUUUCCCCCGGCUCGCCGGCCGCCUCGUCGCCACCCCCCACGGCGGCGGCAUGGCCAGUUUCUCCGUCGACUGCAAUAACGCCGGAGCCGAGUUCAUUCACGCAAUCGCCCCCGCCAUCUCCGUCUCCGACAUCAUCGACCCAAGCUUCAUACCAGAAAUCGUGUAUUCCUUUUUCCCGGCGAACGCCGGAUUCACCAAUUUCGAAGGAAUCUCGAAGCCUCUGGUGUCGGUGCAAGUCACUGAGCUAGCGGACGGCGUCGUCAUCGCCUGCUCCGCCAACCAUGUCGUCAUGGACGGCCCUUCUUUCUGGCAUUUCUUCACUUCCUGUCGGAGAUUUCUCGCGGUUCAGAAUCGAUCUCGAAAUCUCCCAUCUUCGACCGCUCCGGAGAAAAACCUAAUUGCACCAUCUCAUUUGCCACGGAAGGUAUUCCAUUUCAGCAAAGAGAAACUAGGACAGCUCAAGGCGAAGUCGAAUUCGGAAACAGGAAUUGACAAAAUAUCUACUCUGCAAGCACUUCUGGCUCAUCUCUGACGGAGCACAGUAGGAAGCUCCGACGAUUCAACUACUCGGACUCUGGCACUCUCGAUUGGGGCGAGAAGCAGGCUGUCGUCUUUCUCAGACGCGUAUUUUGGGAACGCAUUCUUCCCCGUUGCUUUGGCGAUGAGCGGGAGCGAUGUAUGGAAGGGGGGAUUGGGUGGCACCGCGAUGAAGAUCGAUCAGCUGAUUGCUCAGACGAGUAAUGAAACAAUCAGCAUAAACGCGGAGAAGAAGGUGGAGCCUCGCAUCAGGCGCGAGGGGGAGGAGAAAGCGGUGAUUCACGCAAUGGGGAGUGCUCCGCCUCUUGUCAUCACAAGUACUCCGCGACACCAUGUUUACGACUGCGAUUUCGGGUGGGGGAAGCCAAUUGCUAUGAGGAGUGGCUACACUUACAAGGUUGAGGGAUUGGUAGUGGUUUUCCGGCCGCGGAUCCCGGCGGUAUGGACCUUGAAGUUUGCUUCGCCGAGGACACGUUACAGGCAAUGGAAGAUUACUUAACUUCACACUAGUUCCUCAUAUUUUCCAAAUUUCGGUUCUUGCUCUUUGCCUCUUUCAUUCUCUCCUUGCACAAAGUAAUAGUAUUGCAUCGCUCUACUAAUAAAUCUCUAUCCUAUUUUUAAAUAAUCAUUAAAGAAAAUAUAUAUUUCAAAAUUGUUUCUAA